AUGAAGAACGAUAUGAGCACGCGUUUUUUCAGACAACACACUUUGGCUUCAAGUCAUUCGAGAGUUCAAAAGUGCGUGUUAAUUGUGUUCGUCUGCACCGCCAAUUCCGACACCAACGAAGGCAUAACCCGGCAUCACUAUCAACAGACAUGUCCCAUCUUGCAAACUUCAGAGCAUCCCUCACAGAGGCAGAACAUGGAAGCAUCAUUCGCAGGCUGGGCCGGGGACUUGCACACAAUCGGUACAUCCUUCUUCUGGCAGGUCAUCGGGGCUAAAUGGAAGACGUGUGCCAUGAAAUGGGCCAAAAGGGCAAUUAAUUCAAAGACCCAGAUAAGUGAAACGCGUCGAUCGUGA